GCGAUGAAUUCCGCGGAGCAGACCGUUACGUGGCUCAUCACCCUGGGCGUGCUGGAGUCGCCCAAGAAAACCAUCUCGGACCCCGAGGGCUUUCUGCAGGCGUCGCUCAAGGAUGGGGUGGUCCUCUGCCGGCUGCUGGAACGCCUGCUGCCCGGCACCAUUGAGAAAGUCUACCCGGAGCCUCGGAGCGAGAGCGAGUGCCUGAGCAACAUCCGCGAGUUCCUGCGCGGCUGCGGGGCCUCCCUGCGCCUGGAGACGUUUGACGCGAAUGAUCUGUACCAGGGGCAGAACUUUAGCAAGGUCCUCAGCUCCUUGGUGACUCUGAAUAAAGUAACAGCAGACAUCGGGCUCGGGAGUGAUUCUGUGUGCACACGGCCCUCAUCUCACAGGAUCAAGUCCUUCGACUCCCUCGGAUCGCAGUCUUCACACAGUCGGACUUCGAAAUUGUUCCAGGGCCAGUGUCGGAGUUUGGACAUGACUGAUAAUAGCGGCAAUCAGCUGGUUGUACGGGCAAAGUUUAAUUUCCAGCAAACCAACGAAGAUGAACUGUCCUUUACGAAGGGAGAUGUCAUCCAUGUCACGCGUGUGGAGGAAGGCGGCUGGUGGGAGGGCACGCUCAACGGCAGGACAGGCUGGUUCCCCAGCAACUACGUGCGCGAGGUCAAGCCCAGUGAAAAGCCAGUGUCUCCCAAAUCAGGAACGCUGAAGAGCCCUCCCACAGGAUUUGAUGCAACUGCCAUUAACAAAAGCUACUACAACGCGGUGCUACAGAAUAUUUUAGAAACAGAAAAUGAAUAUUCUAAAGAACUUCAGACCAUGCUGUCCACCUAUCUCCGGCCGUUACAGACCAGUGAGAAGUUAAGUCCAGCCAACACUUCAUCUUUAAUGGGCAAUCUAGAGGAAAUCUGUUCUUUCCAGCAGAUGCUUGUACAGUCUUUAGAGGAAUGCACCAAGGUGCCUGAGGCUCAGCAGCGGGUCGGAGGCUGCUUCCUCACGCUGAUGCCCCAGAUGAAGCACCUGUAUGUCACCUACUGUGCCAACCACCCCUCGGCAGUGAGCGUCCUCACGGAACACAGUGAGGACCUGGGGGAGUUCAUGGAGAUGAAAGGUGCCAACAGCCCGGGCAUCCUCGUAUUGACCACAGGCCUCAGCAAGCCCUUCAUGCGUCUCGACAAGUACCCCACGCUGCUCAAGGAGUUGGAAAGACACAUGGAGGACUACCAUCCCGACAGACAAGAUAUCCAGAAGUCUAUGACUGCCUUCCGGAACCUGUCUGCCCAAUGUCAGGAAGUGCGUAAAAGGAAAGAGCUGGAGUCGCAGAUCUUGACGGAGGCCGUCCGGAACUGGGAGGGGGACGACAUCAGGACGCUGGGCAGCGUGCUCUACCUGUCCCAGGUCACCAUGCAGUGUGCAGGCAGUGAGGAGAAGAGUGAGCGGUACCUGCUGCUCUUCCCUAACACCUUGCUGAUGCUGUCGGCCAGCCCCAGGAUGAGCGGUUUCAUCUACCAGGGAAAGCUGCCCACCACGGGAAUGACCGUCACAAAACUGGAGGACAGUGAGAGCCACAGGAACGCAUUUGAGAUAUCAGGUAGCAUGAUCGAGCGGAUCCUCGUGUCGUGUGGCAGCCAGCAGGACCUGCACGAGUGGGUGGAGCACCUGCACCGGCUGACCAAGACGGCGCCUGUCGGCAACCCCUCCAUCAAACCCCACUCGGUGCCGUCCCACACCCUCCCUUCCCACCCGAUGACUCCAUCCGGCAAGCACGCAGACAGCAAGCCGGUGCCGCUGGCACCUGCCUACCACACGCUGCCCCACCCCUCCCACCAUGGCACCCCACACACCACCAUUAACUGGGGACCCCUGGAGCCUCCAAAAACGCCCAAGCCAUGGAGCCUGAGCUGCCUGCGGCCUGCCCCGCCCCUCCGGCCCUCGGCGGCCCUCUGCUACAAGGAGGACCUUAGCAAGAGCCCCAAGACCAUGAAGAAACUCCUGCCGAAGCGCAAGCCGGAGCGGAAGCCUUCAGACGAAGAGUUUGCCUUGCGGAAAAGCACCGCCGCCCUAGAGGAGGAUGCCCAGAUCCUCAAAGUCAUUGAAGCUUACUGUACAAGCGCCAAGACGCGGCAGACGCUGAAUUCCACAUGGCAAGGCACUGACCUGAUGCAUAAUCACGUCUUGGCUGAUGAUGACCAGCCCAGUCUAGACUCGUUGGGCCGUCGCAGCAGCCUUUCUCGUUUGGAGCCCUCAGACCUCUCGGAAGACCCUGAGUAUGACAGUAUAUGGACAGCCCAUAGUUACAGGAUGGGUCCAGCAUCUCGUUCCCGCAAGGAGUCCGCCCCACAGGUCUUGCUGCCGGAGGAAGAGAAGAUUAUAGUCGAGGAGACUAAGAGCAACGGCCAGACAGUGAUGGAAGAGAAGAGCCUUGUUGACACGGUGUACGCAUUGAAGGACGAGGUGCAGGAGCUGCGGCAGGACAACAAGAAGAUGAAGAAGUCCUUGGAGGAGGAGCAGCGUGCCCGCAAGGAGCUGGAGAGGCUGGUGCGCAAGGUGCUCAAGACGCUCAACGACCCAGCCUGGGACGAGACCAACCUGUGAGGCUGCUCAGUGCGGCUGCGGGGCUGGGGCGGUCCAGGUCAGCCGGCGGGCCCCGGCCCUGCACCGCACCACCCACUCCUGACCUGACUCACGGCGGCUUUGGACUCUGCGUCCUGGAAUGUGAUGGACACACACUUCCUGCACAUGCUCUUGGCCGUGCCAUCGCCCACAUGGUCUGACAACCUCAGAGCCUCUCUGGAGUGCGCCUGCACCCCUGGGAGACAGCCCUGCACCCGCACACCGUCCCUCAGCCGGUGCAUGGGCACCUGUAAAUAGGACGUGUUAUUUAUUGUAGCCCUUGGUGCAGGGGCUUUCCAGGGCCCUGGCUGGGCCGCCUGGCUCAGCAGAAGCAAAGCAAUACACAUCGUGGGCACUCCAUCUCUCCGGGACCUGGGCGGCCAGGAAGUGUGUGCCACCCUCCCUGGCCCAGGCUGGCCUCCUGCUUCUGGCAGUGAGUGCUGGCUGCCCAGGGGCUUGGCUGCAGUCAGGGCAUCUUGUGUCCCAGGGCCAGACUGUCCACACCUGCUCCCACCUGUUUCUGGUUUCUUGCCUUGAACCCAGAGGCCGGAGAGCGUGUGUGUGCAGCCCUGGUCCCUCUCCCACUCCAUUAGGCCUCUGGUGGCCCCUAGCUGGGCAGGCCCAGACCCUCCAGCCCUCUGUGCUGGCCGACACCAGCCUGGCCUGUCCUUUUGUACUCAGAGAGGCCAGCUGAGGCAACGGUGGUGUGCUGGAGAGCUCCAGCGCUACCAUGUCAACUCAGGAACAGCUCCCUGCCACCAGAGCCUCAGCGCCUGCAGGACAGGCCCCCCAGAGCCUGUCCUAACUGCGAGUGGGGUGUUGCAUGGGGGCCCCUCCCUGGGCUCUCCCCACCCCCACCAAGCCUGCCCUAACUGAGCAGUGGGGACCCCUAUCCUGUCCGUGGCUGUCGUUCUAAAGGCGGGAGCUGGCGUGGGUGUGGAGGGUGUGCUGGGCCGCCUUCCACCCUGUCUUCCACCAUCCCCCUGGGGCGUGCUGGCGUGACAAGUCCUUCCUCUGGCAUCCAAGGCUCCUUGUCAUGCUGGGUGACGUCUGUGUACGGCCUUGCCUCACUCUGGUUAUGCCCAUCAUCUUUGUGUGUGGAUGCCCAGGGGACCUGCAGGCAGCGGCAUGGACAGACAGCGUGCCGCCGUCAGACUAUGGGGUUCCCGCUGCACUGUCUCUAUUAAACUUGGUAUUUUUCUUACGU